GUGGGCCAAUAUCAGUUGGGGCCCCAGAACACCAACAGCCCCACCCACGGCCUUUGCGAAUCUUCUCCGAUCGAUCAACUCUGAUCAUCAUUAUCGACUUAAUCACCAUUGCUAAACUUAAACCAAACAAAAACAAAUCUCGAGUUUUCAAUUGAGGAAUUUGUACACAAAAAAAAUGGAAACCCGUACUUAAUCCUCCAUUACUACCCAGAAUUGUUUAAUCCCAAAAAGUAAAAGAAAUACAGUAAAAAAAAAGAUUAAAAAAAAAAAGAAAAAGAAAAAGAAAGCGAGAGAGAGAGAAGAAAAGGUAAAGUAGGAAAAGGCUUUUAUUGGUUUUCGAUGGUGUUUGCCUUGUGCCGCGGUUUUAGAAUAAGUACAACAGUACCACCGCUCAGAGGAGGAAGAAGACCUAGUCGGCGGUGGCCGGAGACGCGCGAGGCGGUGGCUCUACUUUUGUUCCUUCUGUUGUUGAUGAUUGACUUAUUCCCCUCCCUCGCUGAUGGUCGUCGGAAGGGGGGUUGGAUCUUCACCGUUUUUGCGGAGGCCGGUGGCGGUGGCGGUGGAGGUGGUGGGUUUUGGGGGUCUUCAUCCAUCCCGGCUUCUAAUGUUGGUAUAGCCAUCGUCGUGACGGCCAUGGCCGGUCUCGCCUUGGCCGCCACCGUGGUCUACUCUCGUAGGUAAAGAAAAACAAAGAACAGUUCCUCUUCAUUUCUUGCUUCUAUUGAUGAUUUAGGUGGAAAAUGUUAUAAUGGUUGGGUAUAGAUUAGAUUUUUUUUAAGUAAGAAAAAUCAAAGAAAAAGGGUUGGGUGAAAGAUUGGGGGUUUCACUAACUAGUUGGGGUUAGUAGAGAGUUGUGGUAUAGGUUAGUUGUAGGGAUUUCGAUGUUGAUGAUGCAAGAUAAACCUUUGAUGAAGGCACUGAGACGGAGCCAGACUUCGUUUUGGUCGAAUAGUCCUUCCUCUUCUUCUUCUUCAAGGCCGUCCUGGAUUCAUUUGAGAUCGGUUUUAUUAGUGGUUGCUUCCACCACCACCAUCACCACCACAUCAUCCACCUCCUCACCAGUUCCUACUGAUCGGGGAAGUCUUAAAUCACCAUGGUCCAGGAGGAGAAGGAAACAUGCCCUGCUACCAAAACAGUGGAAGACUUAUUUUGAUGCAGAGGGGAGGCUAAUUGAUGGAGGUGUCAAGUUUUUGAAGAAAGCAAGGAGUGGGGGUGUUGAUCCCAGCAUACGGGCUGAGGUUUGGCCUUUCCUUCUUGGAGUGUAUGAUUUGAAGUCUACAAAGGAAGAAAGAGACUCUAUUAACUCUCAGAAGAGAAAAGAAUAUGAAAGCUUGCGAAGACAGUGCCAAGAGCUUCUAAGAAACAGCGAAGAGAGCUCGAAGUCGGAGGAAUCUGGAAUCUAUGGCAAUGAGGACUCCGGUGAUGUAACUCAAGUUUUGCAUUCUCCUGGCCCUGAGGAUGUUGUUAGUGCUCAAAAUUCUGACUCUGACAAGGAAGUGGGCCCAAGAGACAAGGAGGGAAAAGUGAAAACAGAUGAUGGUCUUUUGGAGAAGGAUAACACAUUGUUGGAUCAGGUCAGCAAGAGUGGAAUUACUACCGAGAAUUCCUGUGAACCGGAAACGGGCGAGGAAGUGGUUAGUCCUCGGAAUCCUGACUCUGUUGAGGAAGUGGGUCCAACAGACGAGGAGGGAAAUGAAAACAUAAACAAUGCUGGUUUGGAGACGGAUAAUACACUAUUGAAUCAGGACAACAAGAGUGGAAUCACCACGGAGAAUGCCUAUCAACCGGAAACUGAGUCAUCUGAUUCUGAUUCUUCUGAAGAGCCUGAUGAGACACAGCCUUUCAUUCCUCGGGAAGGAACAGAAAGCAAUGAUCUCAAUGAGGUAUCUGAAUCUGACCGUCCUCGGUCAGAUGGUAACUUAAGAUCUUCUACUUCAGAAGACUUCAAUACCUGGCAGAGGAUCAUUCGUGUUGAUGCUAUUCGGGCUAAUGGUGAAUGGGUUAUUUAUUCACCUUCACAGGCCUCUGUUUCUGAGAUAAAGGCGCGGGAACUGGCGGAGAGUGUUGGAUUGAAGGAUUAUGAACAUUUGGAACCUUGUAGGAUUUAUCAUGCUGCCCGCCUUGUUGCCAUCCUUGAAGCCUAUGCAUUGUAUGAUUCUGAGAUUGGAUAUUGCCAGGGGAUGAGUGAUUUGCUCUCUCCCAUCAUCGCGGUGAUGGAGGAGGAUCAUGAGGCCUUCUGGUGCUUUGUUGGUUUUAUGCAAAAAGCUCGGCAUAACUUCCGUCUCGAUGAGGUGGGUAUCCGCAGACAGUUGAACAUGGUUUCAAAAAUAAUAAAAAGUAAGGACUCCCACCUAUACAGGCAUUUGGAGAAGCUCCAAGCAGAGGACUGUUUUUUCGUGUACCGGAUGGUGGUAGUUCUGUUCAGACGGGAGUUGGAUUUCGAUCAGACUCUUUGCCUAUGGGAAGUCAUGUGGGCGGAUCAGGCAGCAAUUAGGGCUGGAAUUGCAAAGUCGACUUGGGGAAGACUGAGGUUGAGGGCUCCUCCAACAGAAGAUCUCCUGCUUUACGCCAUAGCAGCUUGUGUUCUGCAAAGGAGGAAGCUGAUCAUAGAGAAGUACUGCAGCAUGGAUGAAAUCAUGAGGGAAUGCAAUAGCAUGGCUGGACAUUUGGAUGUUUGGAAGCUUUUAGACGACGCCCAUGACUUAGUGGUAACUCUUCACGACAAGAUCUAGUGGGAAAAACCCUUGGCACGCCUGCCUUAAAUUAUUCGCUACAUUGUUAAUCUCCCAUGUUUCUUUAGUUCCAAAGUUCAACCCCAUUCAGCCUUGUUGUGUCGUUUAAUCCCUCAGCAUCUAAAGUGGUCUCUCACAAAUCCGUUCAAAAGUUUGUAACAUGUUUAUUCUUCUUGUUUUCUUUUUCCCUUUGUAAAAUUGUCUGUACUGAGGAAAACAUGAUGUUUGUGCAUUGCCCGCACUCUAAGACUGACUUUUAAAGUGUGAAGUGGCGAAAUAUGCAAAAUUUCAGUUCAUUUGACUAUCAAUGAGUUAUCUGAGGUACAUUCCCAUUUACAAUGCAGCCUAGAUCCGUAGACAGUUUAGUGCAUUUUUAUGUCACCAGCAUUCUUGUUUGUGUUUUUCAAUUUA